CUUUGCACCUUCAUUAUGGAGUCACAGCUUGAAAAUAAACACCAGUUUUUUCAAACAAUCAACCAUCAUGAAAGUAAGGGUUUCACAAGAUUAUCAUCAAAUGAUUGCAAGUCUCGUCGUAGGAUUAUUCUCAAAAACGGCAAUUGCAACAUUCACCGACCAGAAUCAAAACGCCAAAAAUUUGUCUUUUUGCAAUUCAAUAAACUUGUGGAUUCCUCGUGGACGUUCACGAUUUUGGUAUUUUUGCUUACCUUACUGUCUUCCUGGCUAUUUUUUGCAGCAAUUUGGUGGCUAAUUUGCUACUCUCAUGGUGAUUUCGAACUAGAUCACUUACCACCAGUGCAGAAAGAGAACAAUUUCACACCGUGCGUUUACCACAUCAAUAAUUUUGGUUCGUGUCUACUUUUCAGUAUUGAGACGCAACAUACAGUGGGUUAUGGCAUCAAAGCAACCACGGAUGAAUGCCCGGAAGCCAUUUUUGUUAAUGCCUUGCAGUGUAUCAUUGGUUUUAUAAUGCAGGGCAUUAUGGCGGUUAUAAUUUUCUCAAAAAUGACCCUUCCACGAUUGAGGUCACAAACUCUCCUAUUUUCGAAAAAAGCAGUAAUAUGCCCCAGAAACAACAAAUUGUGUUUGAUGUUCCGUAUGGGUGACAUGCGGAAGAACCAUAUUAUUGAUGCCAAAGUCCGGGCAUUUUACGUCCGGUCUGAACGUACCCUCGAAGGUCAAGUUUUGGACCACCACCAAAUCGAGCUUCCCCUCAAUGUAGAUGCUUGCAAAACUAGAAUUUUCUUCAACUGGCCCUUGGUUGUGUUUCACAAAAUUACAAAAAACUCACCUUUGUAUUAUUUGGCACCGAGUGACUUGAAGCAAAAUCGAUUUGAAAUCGUGGUACUGCUCGAAGGUACCACUCAAAGUACCGGUCAGAUGACCCAAGCCAAGACUAGUUAUCUGCCACGUGAGAUAAUUUGGGGGAAAAGAUUCCAAAGUUUGCUUAAUUUUAACUACGACAGAAGAGAAUUCGAAGCAGAUUUUUCCAAAUUUGACGAACUACUCUCAAUCAGUACUCCUUUAUGCUCCGCUGCUUAUAUCGACGAGUGGAAUCAAAUGCAAAAGUCAGUUUCGGGUUCAAAGUCUUCGAAUCUUCACUUGGAUUUCACCCCAAGGCAAAGUUUGGGCGAAAUAAAUGUGAACAAGUUCAAGGAUCACAUCUUGAGUAUUUGUAGCAACGAAAGUGAUAGUGAAAAUGAGAAAACAAAGACUUGGUUAAAUGUUAAAUUAUGA